UUUAAUCGUUUCGUACAGUCCCUCGCCGGUUGCCGUACUGGACUACAAUUCCGCACCGGACUACAUUCCCCAUGAGUGUCGCGAGGAGCGCCGCUGACUGAACUCUCAUCAACACAAACGAGACUAUUAAUCACCAACAACCGAGUUUGGAGGAAGAUGAGGGUGAAGGAGAUCCUCAGGACGGCCUCUCAGGCAUGGAGUCCUGCGAGACAGCAUCCCACAUACCUGGCCUUAGGCACCGCAGCGCAGCAGUUAGACGCGUCUUUCAACACCAGCUCCGUUCUGGAGAUCUUCGAGAUGGAUUUUGCUGAUACGUCCAUGGACAUGAAGCUCAGAGGAACUCUGCCCACCUCCAACAGGUUUCACAGUCUGAUCUGGGUGGCGUUUGAUAUGGACGUGACGGCGGGUUCAUCGGGGCGGCUCAUCGGAGGCAGUGAGAACGGAAGCGUGACCGUCUUCGGCCCGGACGCUAUUCUCUCCGCGGCCGAAGACGCCGUGAUCGGACAGUCCAACAAACACACAGGGCCCGUGCACGCCCUCGACUACAACCGCUUCCAGAGUAAUCUCAUCGCAUCAGGAGCCAAUGAUUCGGAAAUAUACAUCUGGGAUUUGAACAACUUCAGUAAUCCGAUGACACCGGGCACCAAGUCACAGCCAGCGGAGGACGUGAGCGUUGUGGCGUGGAACAGUCAAGUGCCGCAUAUACUGGCAUCCGCCAAUCCCAGUGGGAAAGCCGUGGUCUGGGAUCUGAGGAAGAACGAGCCCAUCAUCAAAAUCAGUGACCACAGCAACAGGAUGCACUGUUCUGGGAUGUUGUGGCAUCCAGAUGUGGCCACUCAGCUGGUUCUGGCAUCCGAGGACGACAGGCUUCCCGUGAUACAGAUGUGGGACCUGCGGUUCGCGACCUCGCCACUCAAAGUCCUGGAGAACCACACCAGAGGCAUUCUGUCCAUCUCAUGGAGUCAAGCCGAUCCAGAGCUUCUGCUGAGCAGCGGCAAAGACAACCGGAUCCUGUGCUGGAACCCGAACACCGGAGAGGUGAUUUACGAGCUGCCAACAGCCAAUCAGUGGUGCUUCGAUGUGCAGUGGUGUCCGCGUAACCCCGCCCUCCUGUCCGCUGCAUCAUUUGACGGGCGGAUCAGUGUGUACUCAGUUAUGGGGGGGCGUCUUCAACAGCAUCAGCACAGCACGGUGGACCAGAUCUCGGCUUCGUUUGACACCAACGACCCGUUUGGAACCGGUCAAGCUCUUCCGCCUCUGCUAAUGCCUCAACCCACAGUGGAGACCACCAUCAUCCCUCCGCUAACUAAGCCACCCAAGUGGGUGCGAAGGCCUGUCGGCGCCUCUUUCGCUUUCGGUGGGAAGCUGGUGACGUUUGAGAACCCUUCAGUGCCGGGUCAGCCUCGACAGGUACAGGUGAGUCAGGUGACCACAGAGACCGAGUUCCUCCAGCGCUCCAGCGAGCUCCAGGCCGUUCUGCAGUCUGGCUCCUUCACCAACUACUGCCACAGUAAGAUCACGAGCGCCCCGUCUGACGCCGAGCAGGACAUAUGGAGGUUCCUCAUGGUGAAUUUCGAAGAUGAAGCGCGAGUGAAGUUUUUGCGGCUGCUGGGCUUCAGUAAAGACGAGCUGCAGAGGAAGAUCUCGGCGUGUUUGUCGAGGAAGCUUCAACCCAACGGUUUAGAUGUGAACGAUCUGGCGGAGAAGAUGCAGACUCUUUCUGAUCAGAGAGCAGACGAGUCUGCGGACGGUUCGUCAGGCCGCGAGUCUCCUGCGGAUUUCUUCCAUCAACUACCAAAGAAAGACAAAGACAAAGAGCCCUUCCAGAUCCCCGUGUCCUCAGGCGAGCAUGGGCUGAUCAGUCAGGCUCUGUUAGUGGGGAACUUCGAGGGCGCCGUGGAUCUGUGCUUGAGUGACGGGCGUUUCGCGGAGGCCAUCCUGCUGUCAAUCAGCGGAGGGGAGGAGCUUCUGAAGAAGACCCAGCAGCGCUACCUCACCCACCAGACCAACAGCGUCUCCAUGCUGAUCUCGUCAGUGGUGACGCAGAACUGGUGUAAUAUCGUCCAGAGCUGUGAGCUGGAGAACUGGAAGGAGGCGUUAGCGGCUCUGCUAACCUACGCUAACCCAGAGGAGUUCGCUUCUCUCUGCGAUACUCUAGGAGCUCGUCUGGAUGCUGAAGGCUCAGAGAAACACCGUCUGCAAGCCUGUCUGUGCUUCAUCUGCUCCGGGAACAUCGAGCGUCUGGUGGAGUGCUGGACGUCACAGAGAGACUGUUCGUCUCCGCUCGCGCUCGAGGAUCUGGUGGAGAAGGUGAUGAUCCUGCGGAGGUCGAUCGAGCGUCUGCGUAACCGCGAGGUGUGUGUGCGGAGCUCAGCGCUGACGGAGAAGCUCAUCCAGUACUCCAGUAUACUGGCGUCACAGGGCAGCCUGAACACCGCGCUCAACUAUCUGCCCGACGACUCCGACCAGGUUGCUGUUGGGAUGUUAAGAGACAGACUGUCGCAUGCGAAGGGCGAGACGCUGCAGAGACAACACCCGUCCACACCAGCAGGAGGCGCUGCGAACACACACACUCCUCCAGCACACACACAGGGGUCGUACCCGUCCACACUCCCUGCUCAGACGAUGCCCCGUCUCUUCACCCCUCAGACUGAGUCUGCUGGAGCGCCGCGGCCCGGCCUGAGACCACAAUACCCACAAUACCCUGCCACAGCUCCAGGUUUCCCUCAGUCUCAGCCGUUCCCUCAGUCCGGGUCUCUCGGUGGCCCUGUGGGCUUCAUGUCAGGCCCGUCGAUGCCCUCCUCCAGCCUGGCGGGUCCUUCAGUGCCGCCCGCGUCUCCGCCGGGACCCCUGAUGUCUCCAUCGGGACCCCUGAUGUCUCCUCCACCCGCUCCAGGGUUUACAUCACCCACCUCUCUGCCAGGCGGCCCGAUGCCCUUCUUCCCAGGCGCUCCACACACACAGGGGCCUCCACACACACAGGGGCCUCCACACACACAAACACCUGCCAGCGGUGUGUAUACGCCUCUCGGAGCCGGUUAUCCUCAGGGCGGACCCGGCGCUCCAGGAGCCAAGAGCUUCACCGGCACCAACCUCCCACCUCCACCUACAGCGGCUCGCGACGGGUGGAACGACCCUCCAGCUGUACGCUCAGGACAACGCAAGAAAAAGCUGCCAGAGAACUACACUCCUCCUGCUCCGAUUACAGCGCCGGUGAUGGGCUUCCCAACGGAGAAUCCUGUGCAACAGGACCGAGUCCAGGUGCCGCCCGGAGCCCCUCAGGAGCCGAACAUACAGUCUUUACAGCAGCUUCCGGCGGUGCGAGUGGGACAGAAGGAAAUCCCCCCCGAACACAUGAUCAUCAAGACCACCUUCAGUAGUUUAGUUCAGCGCUGUCAGCUGGCCGCCGCAGACCCGCAAACGAAGCGCAAGCUUGACGACGCCUCCAAGCGGCUGGAGAGUCUGUACGACAAACUGCGGGAUCAAGCGCUUUCUCCCAGCAUCCUCGGCGGCCUGCACGAGAUCAGCCGUUGUGUCGGCGAACGCAACUAUCUGCAGGGUCUGGAGGUUCACACGCAGGUCGUGAGCAGCAGCAACUUCAGCGAGAUCUCUGCGUUCAUGCCCGUCCUCAAGGUGCUCAUGACCAUCGGCAACAAGCUGGCCGUGUGACUCUCUCUCUCUCUCUCUCUCUCUCUCUCUCUCUCUCUCUCUCUCUCGCGCACUGAUCUCAGAACCAGUCCAGCAUUAACAUCCCACCACUUCACGACUGGAGUUCUUCUCGUGCGUUUGGUGUUUGCUUUCCUUCUUAUUCAUCCAACACAAGCAGAACGACUGUUCAGAAAACCAUUAUUGCGUAUUAUGUG